ACAUCACCUCCUGUCGCCGUGAGCUCCUCCUACUCCUCCGUCAGCAUUCUCGACGACGACGACGACUCUUCGACUUCUCCAGUCCUCCUCCUCUCGCCGUGAGCUCUCCAGUGCUUCACCCAUCGACAUUGCGUUGAGUCGAAGUUUAUACGUGGGCAUCUAUUAACUUGAAGUUUAAACAUUAUCGGUGGUUCUGAUGCAAUGAAAGUUGAUAAGCUUUACUAGCAGUUUCAGGGUGCAGAAGGAGCGGCAACAAUUUCCUCGGCAUUAAGGUGGUCUAAUUUUGCUGCUGUAUCUUCCCGGAACAAAGAAGUGUAUUGUAUUCUGUAAUUGAUCAAAGGAAAUAUGCCUAGUUACUAUGACAUUGAUGACAUUCUAAUGGAAGAGGAGCCCCUUUCAGUGGUUUUUCAAGUGGGAGCAAACGCAGUUGGCCUCCUCGAUCCCAGUUCUGAAACAAACAGUGUAGAUAAAGGUGCCAAAGUGGAUCUCCCAUUCUGGCUUGCUCAUGAACUAUACUUGAGACAAGCAGUGUCAAUCAGUGUUCCUGCGUGUUUCAGCCAGAGAACAAGGAAGGAAAUCCAGGCUGAUGCAGCAUGUGUGGACCUGAGUUUUCGUUGUCCUUACUUUUAUGAGUUGGGAUGCAAGAUUGUUCCCCUUGUCGGAGACAAGACUAUUGGCUCUUUUGUUCAUUACACAUUCACCAGUAGGUACAAGGAGAUUCUUAGUAAGUCGCACAGUACUCAUGUUUCAACGGGUCCCAAAUUUCUGAAUCGAUUUACAAAAGAAGAGAGACAGUUGUUUGACGCAGCUCGGUCAUCAAUGGUAGCUUUCAAGAAAUGGAGAGAAGGUGGGUCGAGGCUGGAGAGGGCAUCUGUCCUUGGAAGGAAAAGGAAGACAACCAUACCACUUCCCCCAUCAGCAACUCCCUAAAUGUUAUGCAAUUGCACUAUAACUCCUGGCCAUUUUGUUAUCUAUGAAUGCUUGCUGCGGUAUUUGCAAUCUGUUUCAAGGAAAAAAAAAAGAAGAAAAAAAAAGGAAAAAAAAAAGGAAAGAAAGGAUAAUGGUUUCCCCCCCCUGCUUAUAAGAGAAUGUACAGAGUGACAGCUCAAUCCUGUGCUUGCAUUUCCUAUACCCAGUGUGUGGCCGUUAUAUUCAGCCCUUUCCAAGCUCAAUUACAACGGAUCAAAUUUUAAUGUGGGUCCUCAUUUAUGACUCUUAAUCCCCUUUAUAACAAUAUUUCCAGAUCUGACUCAAUAGAAACAUCUCAAGUUUGUUGGAUGGUUAAUAAGCUUGACAAUGUGUGCAGAAGUUUGCUUGCAGAAUGAUUUCUGUUGCAAAAAUAGCGUUCAGCUACGGUUUAUUAUAAUGAGAAAAAUGUUAUUAGGAUUUGUUUC